AUGUUUUCCGGUGACCUUUGCCGAAAUCCGAAACAAGUAAGUUCUAAAAUCGAGGGUCAAAUAGUAAAAGCUUCUUUUAUUUAUAUUCGAUUUUUCUUAUGAUCUUUAUAUUAUUUUAAAUAGAUAUUAUUCCUGUUACGAAGGUAAUAAUUAAAUAAAUGCCGGCAAUCUUGCAGUUCAGCUGCGUAUAUUAUUUCUGAUCGAAUUUCGCAUCAUUACUAUUAUCGCGUGUAAACUUACCGUCGUGUAUUUAUUGAGUACUGUAAGAUAGCAUUAUUAGUUAUUAACACUAAAUUGUACAGCACUAACUUCUAUUUUUUGUAUUGAUUUUUACAGCCCCCAUUGGUACAUAGCCGAUAAACGAUCUAUUCAUUUUCUUGUUGUUUUUUUUAAAAUUCAACACACAUUUAUGAUUUACAUGCCAGAUUUCAUUUUUUCAACUCACUGAAAGAAAGCAUAUUCACAAAAAACGAAACAAGAAAUUAGAUUAUCUAUUGAUGCUUAACUUUUUAAACUAAAAGCAUGUUUACAAAAUUAAUUUACAUAAAAUAUGCAUGUAUAUUGGCUAGAUUUAGGCAAAAUAAAAAUAAUUUAAAUAAUGAGUUCAUUACUCAUUACUGUUAUUACCCUUCAGCCUUCAGUACCGGUUUUUGAAUAGGGAUAAUCAAGUGAAUGUGUACUAAGUACUAAGUUGUAUAUCAUUCCAUUUACUCAUUCCCAUGCAGGAGCCUUUGUUUUGAAUUACUGUAUUUAUUGGCGUAUAACACACACUUUUUCUCACCGAAAAUAGGGGGCAAAUCAUGUGUGCAUGUUAUACGCCGAUAUAAUGUUUAGUUUUUUCUUGAAAUUUCCUUCUUAAAUUGGGGUGCGUGUUAUACACCAAUAAAUACAGUAUAUUUAUACACCCCAUAUAAGAAAAAAAAGAAGUUUUGGCCCCUAAAAAUACAAAACAAUUGGAGCUAUGGAAGGUUGGGGGAUGUUCAAAAGCACUUAAGAAAUAAAAUAAAAUGAAAAUAAGCGCUGUAUAAUGCAGUAUUUUUUUUAAAUAUUGCUGCCUGGAUUUAAUUUAAGGACAAUACACGUAAGUUUACAUGAGAUAAUACGGAAUUUGAUUAGAAAUACUAUACGCUCCUGAACGUAAGAUUACCUAAAUGCCAACAAAACAAAUUAACAAACUAACAAACAGCAAUCAAAGAGUUCAAAGUCAAAGACAUUCAUUUCAAUAGGACACUUCUCAUUCCCGGUCAUUCCGUAUAUUAUAGUAAUAGUAUAAUUUGAAAUUUAAUAAUAGUAAUUGUAAUACUAUAAUACCAUUUAUGGUAAUAUUAAUUUAGCAUACUUAGAAACAAAAUACACCGAGGUCAGUAAAUAGUGGCAUUUGCUGUUUAGUAUUGUUUUUACGCCAAUGCAAAGAGAUUUCAGGCUCAAGGGUUACAGAUUACAGAUUAGUUAUCAGACAAAUUUAGCAUUACUACCAAUAUUAUUCAAUAUAAUUAUAAAUGUCAUCCUAAACAAAAUGUGGCAUACUACAAAAAUCUCACAAAUGUCUGUGGCAGUUGCUCCCUGUCUAAAUUCUAAAUAUAUCCUCCUUAGCGUUAAGGUAUCCUUAAAUAAUUAAAGUGACCAUAUUUUUUUCAAAAUCAAAACCAAGCAUUUUUAAAAUUUAAAACAUUUUAAAUCAUUUUGCACCAAGAGUGUCCAAAAUUGAACAAUUCUUUUAUGAUUCAACUGAGAGCUCUUAUGUCAGUGAGACAUUCUUACAGUAACUUGCAGCUAAAUCAAUAUAUAUAAUACAUUAAUUAAUUUUUUUAUGUCAUUUCUUUACGCCUGGAUACCAAAUGUACCUGAUCUUUUGAUAAAACUUGAUCUUUUGAUAAAUUAACAAAUUAGUGGGGGUUUUUUUAAUUUUGUAAUCAUAAACUGUAAUAGCACUGGAUUCAGCAAAACUAGGACCAAUAUUCAAAACCAAGUACUGUCCUAGUAAGAUCAGUAAGAAUGGUCACCCUCUCAGCCUAUCCUAUUUCCUUUAUACAAAACAUAUUGGCUCCCUUUUAUGUAUACCUAAAUUCCUAGUUAGUUGCCUCUAUUAAAUAAAACAUUUAAUUGAAAUAUCUCCAUUAUAUAUCUCGUUCGUAAGCACUAUUUUAAUUUCAUCUGAGUAAGCAGGUAACUAACAUAUGUUGAGCAUUAUUUUAUAUUUCAAAUAUAUUUAUUCAACACAGCAUUAGUAUCUCUCAAUAUUUUUUCCAACAUGCACAUAAUUCAGUUUAAAUUAGUUUUUUUAUAUUUUUUAAGAUAAUGGCAACCACACUGGGUGUAUUGAGGGUCUGUGUAAAAUGCUUAAGGCCGCCAACAAAGAGACUCGGCCGUCUGUGUGUUGUCAGUGCUGUAUCCAAACAGCAACAAAGGGUAAAUAAAUAAAUAGCUUUAAAUGUCAAAUUUACGCUAAUUCAAGUCCUGUAAAUAUUUGCAUCCUGAAGUUCUAAACAAAAGUUUACUAAAAUGGUACUGAUAGAUUUUUCUGUUUAAUUCCUUAUUAUAUAACCUUAAAAAUCUUAAUUGAGACUAAAAUUAGACCAAUUAGUUCUGUCUCUGAAUUAAUUCAUAAAUCAGUUAAACACAAGAGAACAAUUGAUUCAGAUGGGAGUUAAGGUUUUCUUAAGUUUUCUAAGUACUGUAUUUUAAUCCCUAUUUCAGAAUCACACUAUUGUUAUGGAGAGAGUAUUUCCUCUGCCAGCAGGCAAAGAUGGUGGGCUGCCACACCCAAAUGAUGUUAAUGAAACCCAUAAGAUUUUAAGACAUGUUGAAAUCGUGGAAUACCCUACUGAGCUGGCUUGUAUUCUAACAGAUUAUGUUGAAGGUAAAUUCGAGCCUUUAUAGACCUACUAUCACUAUCACUCUUCGAUAAUAAUGUCUUUGGCAUUCUUUAAAUAUAAAUUAUUUGUUCAUUUAUAUUUUUUUAAAUCGCAAUAAACUUGUGCCUUUUUUCAUAUAUUAAACAAAAAUUAAAAUCAAUAAGAAUCUAGAACCUAUCAGACUUAUUAGCCAUGAGGCUGUUUAUAAGACUCUAGAACCUGUCAUACUUAUUAGGCCAUGAGGCUGUUUAUAAGACUCUAGAACCUAUCAGACUUAUUAGCCAUGAGGCUGUUUAUAAGACUCUAGAACCUAUCAGACUUAUUAGCCAUGAGGCUGUUUAUUAGACUCAAUGAUUAACUUAAGGGCUGUACCCUAAUUUAACACUUGAACCCAUUAUGUUUAAUAUGGAUUUUUGUGUUUGAUCAUAGUUAAACAGUUUUAUUUAAAAACAAAUGUGCUCACUUUUCCACAUAUAUUGCUUCCAAACAUAUUUGCUUCCUCCAUCUCGAUUUAGCUAUGCUGUGGGAUUAGACUUGAUUACAGUCAAUUUUCAAAUUACAGUUUAUGUGUUUCAGGAUGUCACUGUCGAGCUUGUUUUACCGAUUUAUUAAUUUUUUUUUUAAUUUAGGAGGAAAAACAUGACUUGUAAAACAGUUUUAUCAGCUUGCAGAGUUUAAACAAAAAAGAAAUUGGGCACCACCCACAAUUAAUUUGAAGUGAAUUCAUUAAUAUGUAUAUACAAGUUUUAAAGCAAACUUUUAAAAAAAUAUUUCCUGGAAAUAAGUGAGUUAUAUGAGCGGGUCGUAUAUUUUUUAUAAGUUGCCUCAGGCACAUUGAAUAAUGAAAUUGUUAUUGUAUAUCACUGAGGUCCUAGUCUACCCUUAAGAUUAGAAUAUGUUACUAGAAGCUUUAAAAAAAAAUAAUAAAACAAAGAUACUGUAAGUAGAUGGUGCAACUAUUUCCUCAACAUAAUGGUAAUUUAGGUAAUAAAUGAUGAUUAAAAAGUAGGUGAGGCCCAUCCCGAUUCUUCUUAAAAGCGUAUUACUUACACUGGCAUAUUAUUUUAUGGGAUUGGCUAAUGAGCAGUGCAUGCACUUUUCAGGCUUUUCCCCAAAAGGGGUUAUUGUCGUUAGCUUGUGAAAAAACGGCCUUUAGAGCUAGUAUCUUUGAAAGAAAUUUCCAGUUUGUUCUGAGUUGAUUAUUUUUAGUUUUCUUUUCUAUUCCAGGAAUUGGCAUCAGGGGAGAUUUGGUCAAAGUAAAAAAGGAAGUUUUCCAUAAUGAUCUUUACCCUGCAGGGCUUGCGGUUUAUGCAUCACCUGAAAACAUAGAUGAAUUUGAAGAAGAAAGGAAGGUCAGUAUAAUUCUUAGUGUCAUUAUUUUCCCUACCAGGGGAUUGGGAAAAUAUAAAUAUAUUAUAUCUUGCAGAAAUCAUCUUAUAGUUUGUUUUUUGGAGCAUUUUAACAAUUAAUCUCCUAUCUCAGUCUCUGUUAAACUAAUCAGUAAUAAUUAAAAUAUGUCUUAUCUUUGUUUUUAAUGAGGAAAAUUUAAAUUAUUAACAAAAAUGUUUUUAGAAAUUGUUUUGAUACAUAUUUAAAUUAAUUUAAGUUCUUGUACAGUGAUUAAAUAAUAAAAUAAUGUAUCACGUUAAAGAAAUUAACCUUUUCGUUACCGAUGACAUGACGUCGACGUAACGUCACGACCACCCACUUUCAGUUACCAAGGAUGUCACAUUGUCAUCAUAACAAAGUGGCAAAGAACUUUUCUGAAAUACCAAAGAAGUCACAUCAAAGUCAUUAUUUCAAUGCUAUAUAUUUCUUUAUUCGUUAAUCUAUAGAAAAGUUAAUAAGUGAAUCAGAAAGAGAAUGAAAAAUACUGAAAGUUUUUUCUUUAAGUUUUUUAAUUGCCCAUUCAACAAAAAUCUGCCAAAACCAGCGGUAAUGGAGGGUUUAAAUUUUGAAAAAUUGUGGUUUGCUUCUGAAUAAAGUUAAAUUACUCAGAUACGUUUGCUAUAUCUUUUCACACAAUAUCAAAAGUUGGAAUUAGAUUCUAUUUUCAGAAUAUUUUUUUCUUUAAACUGUUCAAAACUAUUGAUUUGUUUGCAGAAUAUCUUCCAUGCAUAGAUUUUAAAAUUGGAAAUUAAAACCUAACAAUCUUUUUAAAAUUAUUUUGUUAACAUUUAUUUCAUUUGAAUUUAUAAUAGCUUGAAAUUAAUCUGAUAUAUAUUUAUAUCUUAUAUCCUUCAGGCUAAAGGAAUAGACAAGUCUGAGAUGAGAUUGGGUGUGUUUGCUAGAAUGGUGAGCAAACUCUAAUUAAAUAAAUCUACUACAAGACCAAUUUGUUUUUACUUAUUGAAACAAAUGAGAAAGGUCUUGUUAUUAAAAUUUCUUUCAGAUCGAAAAUAUAAAUGAUUUUACCAUUGAUCAUUUGCUAAACGUCUUGUUAUUAAAAUUUCUUUAAGGGUGAAAAUCUAAUUGAUAUUGUCAUUGAUAAUUAACUAUAGGUUUUGAUAUUUAAAUUUCUUUAGGAGUGAAAAUAUAAUUGAAAUUUAUCAUUACCUAUACCUUAUUCCUUCAUACUUAGUCCCAUCAUCAUGUCCCUUAGUCCUUGGACUGUUGGGCGCCACAGAUGACAUGAAAAGUAUCCUCCAUUCCUCUCUGUUUUCUGCACUUCGCACAGCGUCACCUAGUUUUAGUCCCGUCCACUCUUUAAUGUUAUCUUCCCAUCCUUUUCUCUGUCUUCCUCUUCUUCUCCCUCUUCUCGUUGUGCCCUGCAUUAUUUCAUCUCCAUCGCCUUUAUUUUUCCUUCAAGUUCUGCAGUUAAGGUCCAGUACUAGUUUUGCUUCAACUUAAAUUUUAGCAACUUAGCUAAAUAUCAUUUAGUCAUUUGAAUGCAGAAGUUGGAUUGAUAGAUGUCUUGUUUGAGCUUUGUUCUGUGUGCUAAUUUGUGGUCAGUGUUCCAUUGUGUGGAAGUGGGCUGCUCAGCUAUGGGGGGGGGGGGGGGCGGCAAGGAUGAUUUGUGGAAUAUGUUUAGCUUUUGUUGUAGUAAAAAACCUGAUGUGUGUUCAUUACAAGAAUCUUACCUCAUCUUUUUAAUGUUAAUGUCACUGACGUUUUUGUUUGGGUUUUUUUUUGGUUUUUGUGUUACAUUUUCCCCCACAGUUGUUGAAAUAAUUGUUUUAGGCAUAAGUUCUAUUUAAGCCCCAGCCAAGACACACUUAAAAUACUUAAUAUAAACGAUUGGUGUAUUUUUUCCCUGUACAGGCAAUCAAAGAGUUGAACCAUAUGCACCUUGAGAUACCCAUGAAUGAUAAAGUGGAAUGGACACUGGAUAAACAACAUGUGCAAGUGGCUUUUAGGACACAGGUUAGGGUCUCUUUUUGGUACAAAGCUCUCCACUGAAUAAACCGGGAACUCCUGGCUAACCUCAUUGAAACUGUCAUCAAUUUUUUUUUAAUUCAAUGUCAUUGUUGUUAAAUUUUUAGUAAAUAUGAAAAUGAAUUAAAUGUUAUUAUCAUGACAAAAAGAUGAGGUUAUUUAGAGAAUAAACUUUUAAGUAUAAUAUCUCAAGUGGAUUUUCACUGCAUAUUGAAAAAUUCACCAACAGUGACCUUGGUGUCCGCUGGGCAUUAAUAUUAUUAUUUACUGAUAUGUAACAGCAUUGAUUUUUAUAGUUUCUUACAGAUCUAUCUUCAUCUAUAACAUUAUCACUAUUGCUUUCUACAUUAAUUUCAAUAAAUUCAACAUCAGUCUGUUUCAUCAUUGAAACUUGCUAGUCUAGUAAACUUAAUGGAUUGUUGUGAAUGAGCUUGGAGAGCCUUGUUGAACUUUGAACUCUCAUUUAAUCUUUUUUUGCAAAAGAAUAUAAAAAUAUGAAGACUCCGCUUUUCAAAAAGAUCUUCAAUAACUAAAGUGCAGCAGUAAUUUUUAGCACACAAAAGUUUUGUAGUUUAGUUGCAAGGGAGCUUUAAUGAGCAUCACAUUUAUCUGUCAGCCUGUUAUGCCACAUCUCAAGAGCGUCACAUGUAUCUGUCAGCCUGUUAUGCCACAUCUCAAGAGCGUCACAUGUAUCUGUCAGCCUGUUAUGCCACAUCUCAAGAGCGUCACAUGUAUCUGUCAGCCUGUUAUGCCACAUCUCAAGAGCGUCACAUGUAUCUGUCAGCCUGUUAUGCCACAUCUCAAGAGCGUCACAUGUAUCUGUCAGCCUGUUAUGCCACAUCUCAAGAGCAUCACAUGUAUCUGUCAGCCUGUUAUGCCACAUCUCAAGAGCGUCACAUGUAUCUGUCAGCCUGUUAUGCCACAUCUCAAGAGCGUCACAUGUAUCUGUCAGCCUGUUAUGCCAUAUCUCAAGAGCAUCACAUGUAUCUGUCAGCCUGUUAUGCCACAUCUCAAGAGUGUCACAUGUAUCUGUCAGCCUGUUAUGCCACAUCUCAAGAGCGUCACAUGUAUAUGUCAGCCUGUUAUGCCAUAUCUCAAGAGUGUCACAUGUAUCUGUCAGCCUGUUAUGCCACAUCUCAAGAGCGUCACAUGUAUCUGUUAGCCUGUUAUGCCACAUCUCAAGAGCAUCACAUGUAUCUGUCAGCCUGUUAUGCCACAUCUCAAGAGCGUCAUAUGUAUCUGUCAGCCUGUUAUGCCACAUCUGAAGAGCGUCACAUGUAUCUGUCAGCCUGUUAUGCCACAUCUCAAGAGCAUCACAUGUAUCUGUCAGCCUGUUAAGCCACAUCUCAAGAGCGUCACAUGUAUCUGUCAGCCUGUUAUGCCACAUCUCAAGAGCGUCACAUGUAUCUGUCAGCCUGUUAUGCCACAUCUCAAGAGCAUCACAUGUAUCUGUCAGCCUGUUAUGCCACAUCUCAAGAGCGUCACAUGUAUCUGUCAGCCUGUUAUGCCACAUCUCAAGAGCGUCACAUGUAUCUGUCAGCCUGUUAUGCCAUAUCUCAAGAGCAUCACAUGUAUCUGUCAGCCUGUUAUGCCACAUCUCAAGAGUGUCACAUGUAUCUGUCAGCCUGUUAUGCCACAUCUCAAGAGCGUCACAUGUAUCUGUCAGCCUGUUAUGCCAUAUCUCAAGAGCGUCACAUGUAUCUGUCAGCCUGUUAUGCCACAUCUCAAGAGAGUCACAUGUAUCUGUCAGCCUGUUACGCCACAUCUCAGUGUUAUAGUAGGCAGGCGCUGGUGGGAAUUUGUUUGGCCAAAAUGGUCACUUACGGCAGCAGGGGGGUUAAGAGAGGAGGACCAGAUUCAUAAGUUUUGGGCAAUUGGUUAAGUAUUUUUCUGAAAUGCUAAAAUGCUGUGGUGAAAAACUUCUUUUCUCAAAUUGCCUCAUGAUGUACUUGAAACAAUUUCAAUGAGUAUGCAACUAGUUGCAUAUUUAACAUCUUCAGCAUAUAAUUGAUUACUUUUAUUACCUUAUUUAUUUUUCUCUGAUUUUAGGUAAAACUAGAAGUAAAUUUUUUUUUUAAAUUUAAAAUAAUUAAUAUUUAACUUUUAACAACAAUAAUGUAACAGACUUUUUUUUUUAAAUAUCACCUGCCAACAGUAAAAACAUUGCAGCUGUGAGCGUCAUUCAACACAAGCUCAUUCAAAAAAAAAUUGUGUAGUGUAGUGCCAUUUUCCCUCUUUAGCCUAGGGCCCUCUUGUAUGUGGGAUAGUGAAACUAAAAUGCUGAACGCACUCCUGCAUUUAAUCAACUCCCCUUAGGUAGAAAAUUCGGACCUCACCUCUGUUUUUUUGGCAACGAAUUGAAUCACAAGAGCUGCUAAAUCAAGCUUUUUAGAAAUGCCUUGGUUGCUUAUUACCAGGUACUCUUGACACCCCCCUUCCCCCCCCCCACCCAUUUCUUUUCUCAUAGAGUAAAUCAUUUGUGUAGUGGUGGUCAUUACAGUUUUUAUCAAAUAUUUUUCCUGCCAGACUGAUUGUUGUUUCCAUUCCAGGGCAUUGAACUCUUGGAAGAGUGUCUGGUCCUGCCUGAAGAGCCAAUCAGCACAUUUCAAGAUCUGGUUGUAAAAGUUUGGGUAAGAUAUAAAGUGCAUUUUGUUUUUAAAUUUUAUAUCUGAUUUCCAAGUAUUGGCUCAAUACAAUAAAGUUUUUAACAAAAAUACUGGUACUGGUACAUCAUUGUCAGGUGUCUGGUACAUCAUUGUCAGGUGUCUGGUACAUCAUUGUCAGGUGUCUGGUACAUCAUUGUCAGGUGUCUGGUACAUCAUUGUCAGGUGUCUGGUACAUCAUUGUCAGGUGUCUGGUACAUCUUUGUCAGGUGUCUGGUACAUCAUUGUCAGGUGUCUGGUACAUCAUUGUCAGGUGUCUAGGGUUUUUAAAAAAAUGAUUUUUGUUUGGUUUCUCUUAAAGAAUAAUGGUUUUAAUAUUGUUUGAUGUGAACAUGCAGAGUUGUGAAAAUAUUGUCAGUGUAUGUCCAGACACUUUUAUGAAAGGAGUGUACAGUUUUUAAGAAAUAGGAAAUGUUUCGACCAUGAUUAGUUCAAUUUACAGUUAAGCAAGCUGCCCCAUGAUCAGUUUAAUCUACACAAGCUUCCCCAUGUACAGUUUAAUUUACAAGGGCUGCCCCAUGUACAGUUCAAUGUACAAGGGCUGCCCCAUGUACAGUUUAAUUUACAUGGGCUGCCCCAUGUACAGUUUAAUUUACAAGGGCUGCCCCAUGUACAGUUUAAUUUACAUGGGCUGCCCCAUGUACAGUUUAAUUUACAAGGGCUGCCCCAUGUAUAGUUUAAAAAAGUUGCCCUAUGAUCAGUGUAAAUAAUUAAAGUUGCUACUCAAUAAAUGACAUUAAAUGACAUUAAGUGUCAGUCAGAAAUGUCCAUUUCUUUCUCAUGCCUCUUUAUUUAAAAUAAUUUUAUUAUACUUGACUGGAGCGUUGUAGUGCACCAUUUUGUUUUUUUGUUAGACAUCUGAGCCUAAAUUUAUCUAGGCUAAUCCAAAAGAUGAGAAUGAAAUUUUUUUAAUGGGGUAUUUUUACACCAUAGUUUUAUCUUUUAUUAGUUUGGUAUAUGCUUGGUGCAUAUUUUUUUUUUUGAAUUUUACCCGGGGAUUGUAUGAAAUAAAUCACCACAAAAUUUGAAAAGAUAUAUCGAUCAAUAUUACUCCAAGUGAUUAUGUAAGUACAUUAAAAAAUUUUCAAUUUUUCAGUAGGUAAGGUGAUCUAUCAGGUUGGUGUGGGUUGUUUAAUCCCUUUAUUUUUGUUUACUUUUUACUGUUUACUAUAAUUUGUUUACUUCACUGGCCUACAAAACUUAAACAUAAUUUUUAUUUUGAAAUUUAAAUAUUUUUUUUAUUUUUUCAGAUCAAUGGUCUGGAGUCCGUUGAUGUCAAGGCCACCAUCGUUCCUAUUUCACAGAAAUUUGCACCUGCUAAAGCUGUUAAAAAAUAAUUCAUUACUUGACCUGUUUAGUCCAUUUAGCCACACACUUGAUAGCAAGUCACUGGUGAUGUUAAGUCAGUGUGGGUGCCAGAAGAGCAACCUUCACAUUGUAUGCACCAUUCACAUUUUGUUCCAUUGAAAUGUGUAUGCUCUCUGACUCUGGCCAUACUAUGACACAAACGUAACAUCUUGUUUUAUCACCAGAACUCUUAGUGUUAGGACAUGGUCAAAUUCAAUACAUUUUAUAUUAAUAAAUAUAUUACUAAUAUUAAAAUUCACCUCCUUUUUUUUACUCAUAAAUUUGUUUGUUGUAUGUUGAGGCCUACUUCUUGCUAAAUUCAUUUUUUACAUUACCCCUGACCGGUACAUGCUCAGGGCACAGUCGGAUUAAAUUUCUGUUUCCUUGUAAAUCCUUUAUAUUAUCGUCACUUUUGUUCGUGGAUGGAUGGCUCACUGGCAAAAUCUUCCUGUCAACCUAAAACUUGGCACAUAGACUCGUUGCCAAUGACAGCACAUACUCUCAAAAUUUCAGUGGGGUGUGACUAAUUGUUUUGUCUAAUUUUCUGUUCUAUUACUCACUGUUCUAUAUAUUACAUUUUAUAAAGGAUUUAUAUGAGGAACAUUUUUUAAGGGUUAUUUAUGGAAAAAACUUUACCAAUGUUAUGUAUUGUAUAAUGGUUAUCAUAAA